GCUUGGCGUCUCCGCGACAACCGAAGCUCCGCCGCUCGGUGGCUCCGCCAUGUCGGACGCGGCGCUGGCGGCGAGGGACUUCUUCGGGGGCACGCUGGGAGGCAUGGCGGGUAUUUUGGCCGGGCACCCGCUGGACACCGCGAAGACACGCUUGCAGGCCAUGCAGCGCUUCGAAAACGCGGGCACCUACAAGGUGCUCAGCGACACAGCCCGCCACGAAGGCGCGCGGGCGCUCUACAAGGGCAUGUCUUUUCCUCUCUACAGCACGGCCCUGUGCAACGCCGUGGUCUUCUGCGUCCAGGGCGCCGCGGAGCGCUGGCUGACCUCCGCGCUCGGCGACCGGCCGCAGGUCACAGGCUUCCUAGGCGGGUGCAUCGCCGGGCUCGCACAGAGCCCCUUAGUCUGCGCCGUGGACUUGGUGAAGACCCAGCGCCAGGUCCAGUUCGGCGAGGGCCGCGGGCCGCUGCAGAUCCUCCGCGCCCGCGCCGGCGCGGGGCUGGGGUUCCGGGGCUUCUUCCAGGGCCUGGGGCCCACGGCGGUGAAGGAGUGCCCCUCCUACGGGGUGUACUUCCUGGUGUAUGAGGAGUCCAAGCGGAUCUUCGACCAGUCCAAGGUGCCCACUGUGUUGGCCACACUGGGCGCUGGUGGCCUCGCGGGAUGCUUUGCUCUAGGCAUGAUUCACCCGGUGGAUGUGGUGAAGUCUCGCAUCCAGAGCUUGCCGGUGGAGGCAACCGCUCAGGAGGCGGGCGUUUGGCACGUGGUCACUGCUGGCCUGCGCAAGGAGGGCUUCUCCUUCAUGCUCCGCGGCUUCGGGGCCGCCAUGCAGCGGGCCUUUGUGCUGAACGCGGCCACCUUCGGCGGCUACGAGCUCGCCGUGGCCGCCUGGGACAAGCUCUGAGAGUCCCAGCGCGAGCGAGCGAGCCGGAACCGCUCGCCCGAAGAUCGGGGGCGAAAAAACCAUCCCCCUACUCCAAAUACCCGCUUUUUUCACGGUAUUUUUUGGGAAAACCUG